GCAUUCUGGGAUAUAUCCGCUAACCUCGCCCUCCUACACGGAAGAGGCUAACAAUCAAUAAUUAAAAUAAACACUUCAGAUUAAGCUAGAUCUAGACUAGCUCUAGUUUAGAAACCUCCCCAGGAGUCUUCAACAACUUCCCAAAGUUUCAUGGUGAUCAGAUAAAAGGUAUUAGCAUCUUUGACUGACUCUGAAGUUAUGGGAGACACCAAAGCACUACAAGAUCUUGUCUUACGGCUAGAAGCUGUGACAUCUAGACUUGAAUCCCUGGAAUUAAAAUCUGGUGUUGCUGCUCCUGCUGCUGGAGGGGAUUUUGAUACUGUGUCUCCAUUUGUUCUUGCCUAUGAUGACAUUUUAUCUGGACAAUUGGCUAAGUUUUUGUCGGUUUCUCAUGAGAUUGGAGGAGAUGUCGAGACUCAGGCUAAUCUUGUAAAGGCAGCUUUUGAUACUCAAAGGACAUUUUUAGUUGUAGUAUCUAAGAGCAAACAACCUGAUCAGAAUACUUUUAUGGAACUCUUAAAAUCAUCGGCAGAUAAAUUGCAAGCUGUUCAGGAUUUUCGUGAAAGUCAUCGUAAAAGUGAAUACUUUAAUCAUCUUUCUGCUAUAAGUGAAUCUAUUGCAUCUUUAGGAUGGGUGACUAUUAGCCCUGCUCCUGGUCCAUAUGUGAAAGAAAUGCUAGAUGCUGGGACAUUCUAUACAAAUCGUGUACUGAAGGAUUUUAAAGAAAAAGACGCUAAGCAUGUAGAAUGGAGCAAGUCAUGGAUCAGUACUCUUACAGAGCUUCAGGCAUACAUUAAGCAGUUCCACACAACAGGCUUGGCAUGGAAUCCACAGGGUAAAGAUGCCAAAUCUGUCAGCCUCAAAGUUAGCAAUGAAGUCACUUCACCUCCAAAAGCAGCAAGUGGUGCACCACCACCACCACCACCACCACCUGGUCCCCCACCUCCACCCGAGAUGAGUGCUAGUAACAAAAACGAUGAAGAAAGUGCUGCUGCUAAAGCUGCAUUGUUUGCAGCUUUAAAUAAAGGAGAAGCAGUAACCCAAGGUCUGCGCAGGGUGACAGAUGAUAUGAAAACACAUAAAAAUCCUGCUCUUCGCCAAGGUCCUGCUCCAUUUAAGCCAACUCCAGCAUCUAAGCCACAGACAUCUCCAAAACCAACACCUAAAACCAAUGUGCCAUUAAGUAAGCCUCCAGUAAUUGAAUUACAAGACAAAAAAUGGGUUAUUGAGUACCAAAAAGACAACAAGAACAUUGUUCUUGACAAUACAGAGCUCAAGCAAACUGUUUAUGUUUACAAAUGUGAAGGCUCUGUUAUUCAGGUUAAAGGAAAGGUCAACUCCAUCAUAUUAGAUUCUUGUAAGAAAACAGCUGUAGUUUUUGAUGAUCUUGUCUCCUCAGUUGAGUUUGUUAAUUGUCAGAGUAUGCAAGCUCAGGUUACUGGAAAGGUACCAACUCUAAGCAUUGACAAGACAGAUGGGUGCCUUGUUUAUCUCAGCCCUGCAUCACUUGAUGUAGAGAUAGUAACUGCCAAGUCAUCUGAAAUGAAUAUUUUAGUUCCCCAGGGGGACGGAGACUAUAAAGAGUUUGCCCUUCCUGAGCAGUUUAAAACAAAGUACAAUGGUCAAACAAUGGUAACCAUUAUUGCAGAUAGUAUAUAAUUCAAGCAAAGCGUUUGUAGUAAUUAAGAUUACCCUAUAAUAAAUUGAUUUUAAAUAUCAUUAAGUAAUGUAUUUCAAAUAAAACAUUAACCUUGGAAAGUUUGAGAUAGGGUUAAAUCUUAAUUAUUUCUGUUUAAAAAACAUUUUUAUUGAACAAAACAUUUUACCCAGUUCAUAAAUAAUGAUGCAUUUUUCUUCUAAUUAUAUCAGCUAAUGGUCACAGCAACUUUUUGUUUUUGUAGAUUAAUGCUUAUUGUGUAACAUUUAGAUUCUAGUAGAAUUAUUCUUCAAUACUAUGUUAACAUUUAUUGUUUAAAAUUUUGUGCUAAAAUAUUCACUUAAUAAUUUAGGACUGAUUUAAUUAGGUGUGGUUUUUUUUUUUUUUUUAAAUGUAGACAAAAACGUUUUGUAUCAACUGUCACCUUGUCAUUUUUAAAAAUGCUGCUAGUGCUUGGGAUUCACAAGCUUGUUGUAACGAUUCAUAUCUAUGCAAUUUAAAGAAAUCUGUUCAACUGAUUUUAUUUAUAUUUUAAUAUCUUGUUUUUUUCUUCUAUUUCCGUGUAACUAACUGGUCAUUAAUCAAUAAAUCAGUGAGUUGUUGAUUAAAAUAGUGCAUGAUUCAUUUAUAAAAUUAUUGGUUCUACCAAGCCCACUUCUUUGUGAUUUAACUGUACUUUUCCUAAAUUGGAAAAAGCAUAUUUUUAAUGUUUUUUUUUGUUAUACUUAUUGUUAUGGUUCUGACUAGCUCUGUAUGUAUACUGACUUUGGUAAAGUAAGGACAAUUUUUUCUUUUAAACAACCAAUUUAAUUUAAAACCAGUUAAGUUAGCAUUUCCAUUUCUAAAUUUUGUGUAAAAGUAAAAUGUUAUAAUUGCCAAUAAAAAUUAAUAUAAAAGAAGGUAGAACCUGUAAAAUAAGCAUACCUAAACAUUAAUAUUUUUAUUGAACAGAGAUAAUUGUCAAGUGUAAUUUAGUUAUUUUAAGUUGCAUUGUUCUAUUACCAUUAGCUGCUUUUAACAAAUGUAUUUCUUACUCAAAUAUUAUAGUGGUUGAAGUUGAUAACAAUAUCAAUAAUAAAAUCCUGCAUUUUUUACUGUCAAAAUUUUAGCCUUAUUUUCUGUUUUGAAUUUUCCAGUAAUGAUACUUUGCAAGAUAAUACUACUUAAUUUUCUUUUUAAGGACAUCUUAACCGUUUUACACUUUGUUAUUUAAAAAUUACUGUUAAUAAAUUGAGUACAGCUAUUUUUUGUUUAUGGUACACAUUAAUUGGUCUUUUUAAAAUAAUUUACCAAAAUGUACAUAUGUACUCCUCAGCCAUACAAGUUCAGCACUUUCAGUUGAACCUAUAAUACAGAUAUUUAUAGUAGUGGUACCUUAACAGUACAUUUUUAAAAAUGUAUUAAUUUAUAUAAAACUAGUAAUUUUUUAAAGCCUAAAUUUGUGUACUGUGUAUGUCAUUAUUUCUUAGUUGCUGGUAUUUAAUGCUUGGUUUAAACUUGAUUAUUAAAAGCCUAACAAAUGAA